AAUGUCUAUUCCACGCUAUAUGCACUGACUUUUCUCCUCUCUUAAUUUCUCUCUCUUCCUCUCUAACCAUGCUUGAAGUAGAAGCAGAUCUUCAAGGUUUAUAAAGAAAACAAUGUUGCAGAACUUGGUUCAUCCACAAGAACAUCUUCCCGUUGAAGAAAUUGGGAGCCCACUUGGUGCUCAAAUUUUGGAAUUUCGUGAGUCUGAAUUAUUUCCAGAAACUUUACAAAAUUCUGAAGUUGCUUCAAGCUCAAAUUGCUGCUAUGAAGAACACACUUCAUAUCCAGCAAAUCUUUCCAUUACUACAGAUAUGAGUAAUUUCACCAGUGCCAUGGAUCUUACUCUACAGAAUGAAAUGAAGCUGCCGCCGGCCGUCAUGACGGCCACUCCCUCUGCCCCUUCCACCACCAGCCCAUCCGAGCCCACUGUCACCUCCACCAUCUCCCCCACCAACACUAAAAACAACGGCAACUUCUCCAUAAUAUUCGACUCUGCUGAAGAUAUUGAUAACGAUAUUUCUGCAUCCAUAGACUUCACCCCGUCUCCAAACUUUUCAGUUCCUCAGUACUUCAACAACAAUAACAAUAAUCAAGACCAAUUUGACUUUUUUUCACUGAAUAACCAGAUUUCAGCUGGAGAUGUUGUCAAUGGAUUAAUCUCUCAGUACCCUCCUGAGCCACCACAUCCGGUGCCACUCUUGGGGCCUCCGCCACUGCCGCCGGCUUACGAUGAAGAAUGCUUAUCUUCUAUUCCAUCUUACGUGCGGCUGAGUUCUUCUUCGCCUUCCUGCGGAAUUUUGGAUCCGAUUAUGGGACAGUACCUUCCUGCAGCCAACAUGAAUCCGCCAUUUUCUACUGAGAAUUCCGGAAUUCUCACUGGGGGUAGUUUGCUCAUGGGAACUGAACUUCAAUCUCAAGAACUAGAUUUCCAGGGUGAUAAUGGUGGACUCUUCCUCCCUGACACCAUAUCAAGUCUCUUUAACUGCUCUAGUGAUCUUCAGAUUAAGGCACUUAAUAACGAGAACCCGCAUAUGGCCCAUGGAGGUCCAAAUUCUAAUCCUUUGGCAUCAGAGAUUUCGAGCUUGGAAGAUUCUACUUUCAAGGUGGGCAAACUCUCCGUUGAAGAAAGGAAAAAGAAAAUCCAUAAAUACAUGAAGAAAAGAAAUGAAAGGAAUUUCAGUAAGAAAAUUAAGUAUGCGUGUCGCAAAACACUUGCAGAUAGCAGGCCUCGUGUUAGAGGAAGGUUUGCAAAGAAUGAUGAACUUGGAGAGGUUGCAAGAACUGCUAGCAGCAACCAUGAAGAAGACACAGAUGAAGAUGUAAGUCUGUUUGCAAAUCAGAUCUCUCGCUACCAAGACAAGGUGAUGGUGAAAGAAGAGGAUAUGGUAGACUCUUCAGACAUAUUUGCACACAUAAGUGGUGUAAAUUCCUUCAAAUGCAACUAUCCCAUUCAAUCUUGGAUUUGAUUAGAGUUUCUGAGAAUUGAAGCCUUUUCAGCAAUUUUGCAGGACCCACCAUCAACUAGCUGCCUCACUCAGCAGGAUUAUUUCAAAAUCUUAAAAUAGUGGAGAAAUGAAUAAUUGGGUCAUUUCUAUAUUUACUCAGUAAUGGUUAAUUUAUAGUUAUUAUUCGAAAGUUAAAUAAUAGUGUAUAAUUUUUGUAUAUACUACUUUAUGUCUGACAUUAUACAAAAUUUCCAACAUUGAAAUCU